AUUCAGAGCUACAAUGGCUCACGCCACCUCUAGUCGAUCCUAACUAGCACGGCCGUAUGCCGUCCCUCCUCGUCUUCGAAGCCUAGCCCUUCCUUAAGGCUCCUUCCCGCGCCCCCCGUGCGCCCUCUCCCGCCGCGCUAUUCCGUCGCGCCCGCUCUUCCUCCCGUCCCGCGCCUUUUUGCCGCGCCCGCUCUCCCUUCCGUCGUGCGCCUCCCGUCGCGCUUGACGACGCGCUUCUAGCCGUCGCAUCCUUCUACUGCGCCCGUUGCUGCUGCCCGACAACACCGCGGUCAAUUGGCAUUCCUAUGCCCAAACCGUCACGGUGCUUCUCUCCUCAGUGACGGUCAACGGCUACAACCUGAAAGCCGUUGUCCAUCUCGAGGAGCGCGGUCUUCAGCCUGCCCAGCCGGAUGCUCCCGCGGGCCCUGCACCUCCUCCUCCUGGCGAUGCUCCCGUCAGCCCCGGCGAUCCUCCAACCUUCGCCCCUGACGUCAACGACCCUCAGAGCUCCGAGACCGCCAUCCGCACCUACCGUGCCGGCCUCACCGACCACAGCCUCACCAUGGACUCUACCACCGGCGCAGCUGCCUUCACGCGUCGCGUCCUCGACCUCGCUCGGCGCUUGGCGGCUCUUGGCGUGCCGUACCCGGACCCAGUGCUCUGCUGCCACCUCCUUGAAGGCUUGACUCCUGCCUUCGACACCCAUAAGAUCGCCUACAUGCAGCUGAUCGACAAGCGCAUCACCCCGGCUGAACGCUGCGGCCAGACCACUCAUGCCACUGAUUCUUGCUUCAAAGCGCUCAGUGAUGAGUGGUUUGCCCGCGGCAACACCGGCACCCCCCCCCGCUGGUCCUCCCUCUCUCCUCGCCCCACUCCUCAGGAAGUUCGUACCUCCCCUCUUUUUCAGCCCGUCUCCUCCCCCUUGGCCCACCAGGCCGUCUCUCAGCAUCAGCAGCAGCAGCAGACUCCGCAGCAGAUCCUGCCGCAGCCGUUUCAGCAGCAGCAGCAGCAGUUCCAGCAGCAGCAGCAGCAGGGGCAGCAGCACCUCUUCUCCCACCCUACCCCGCUUGGACCGCCGGCACCGCCGCUUCCGCAGCUCACCUCUCGGGCGCGUCUCCCGCGCCCUCAGCCACAGGCAGUGUGACUCCUUUCCCCUCCUCUGGUUUUGUUGGCAUGGUUAGCCAGGCUGGAACCCCCGCCCCUUCUAUGUAU